AUGAUCCUCUACCGCCGUCGCGCUCGUGAGAAGCGGUUGCUCCGUGUUGCGGAGCUGAACGAGCUUCGCCAGGAUAUUCGUCGCGAGCGCGACUUUGAGCAAGGCGUCCUUGCGUUAAACUCUAAGGCCGACAAGCAGGGACUAUAUACCGGACCUGCAGCGAAGGAGUGGGACCAACCCAUCAACCACACGCACAAGGCCCUCCACGUCUCCCUCCGCCGCGAUGACGCGCGCGCCGCCACCCCCGUAUCUCCCUCCCUCAUGGCACAAGUUAAGCGCGCCCGCGCCGCCAAGCACGCCAAUCAAGCUCGCGCCCACCUCCGCGAACGCUCCGGCGAGAUCCUCAACCGCACGCUCGCGCGCCGCGCCUCACGUCCGCCGCCGCCGAUCUGGGACAAGAUGAGCGAGGAAAGGCGGCACAUGGACCGGGUGUCGCGCAGCGUGAGUGAGGUCGGGUACGUGGCGAAGGUGAAGCGGCAGCUGGGGUUCAAGAUGAGGGAGUCGGAGAAGUGGAAGGUGGAGGAAGGGAGGGAUGAGGAAGAGAAGAGGAGGUUGGACAGGGUGUACCUGGAGAUUUUGAAGGAGAAUGGACGGAGGAGGAGGAUGGCGGAGAGGGCAUCGGACGAGCGCGAUGCACAAUGA